CCAUUCUUACAUCAGCGCUUCAGCCGUGAACUGUGGAGUGAGGCUGAAGAAGGGGACAAGUCUUCUGAGGACACGGGGAAAAAACAGCUCAGCUCUCACAUCUGAACAUCUUCUCAGCAUGACUCCCCUGCCUCUCCUCCAGCAGUGAUGACCUCCUCCCGCCCCCCCACGCCCCUCCUCUGCGUGCUGCUCUGUGUGACGUUGGCGCUCCAGCGGACCGACCUGCGCCUGGCCUACGUCACCCACAACAGCUUCUUUUACUACUCCUGCAGCCAGGAGCCCCCACCCUGCAGCGUGGCUUCUCUGACCGACUGCAGGUGUAAAGACAUCCAGCUGUCCACGCUGCACCACCCGCACUCCCACUCCUCCCCCGUGUUCAGGAUGAAACGUUUAACCGUUUGGUUCACGUCGCCGUCCAAUACGGCCCGUCUGCUGAACAACUCCGAGGUCAGGCACCUCACUUUGAUCCACUGUGGUGCAGGAGGCUCCAGAGAGAUGACCUCCUCCUCCUCCUCUUCCUCCUCCUCCUCGGACCCCUCCUCUUCACUGCAGGGACACUUUGCCGUGCAGCACCUGGAGCGGCUGACGGUGGUGGACGUUCCUCAGAGACUUCCUCACUAUUGUCCAGACGCCAACAGAGCCUGGAACACGGACUCCAACGGUGACCCCGACCACAGUGCCCACCUGGACUCCAACAGGUCCAACAGAGACCUGGACUCAAACCUGGACCUGAUCCCAGAUGUGAACAAAGACUCCGUGGAUUUUACCUCCACCCACGUCCAGGACAUCCUC